GCCAACUUUAGCGUAUACGUUUAUGAGGAAGACCCGAUCGAAUUUCCUAUGGCAAACAAAAAGCUUUGUGCACAUUAUCCAGGAACUGUCGGCGCUGCUCAGUGGGCGGAGCUGUCAUGUGAGAGUCACGUGACCGGAAGAUACGUCAGAGUCAGCAAAUUCAACCCAAUCCGACAGGCUCUACUUCAGAUCUGCGAGUUGGAGGUGUACGGAGAGAGAGCCAGAGGAAGCGCUGUUCAAUUCAGACGUUCACCCAACUCGAGGAUAUCGAACCCAGUGUUAUCAGAACACUCAGUAGCCACAUCGAUGAGAUGUCUGCGCUUAUGUUACGCUGAAUCACUCUGCUAUGGCGCCAACUUCAAACAGUCCACUGGUAGCUCCAAUUGUCAACUGGUUUCUAACGAUCUGACCAAUCCGAUUGAAGAAGACGGAACUGGUUGGGACGCGUAUGUGGUCGAUUCGGCAGGAUCGCGAAACGGCCCAAAAUGUUUGGGGUAGACUUAAGCAUGGUCAGCCGAUUACUGAAUAUAAAUACUUAUAAUAUAUGUUCUCAGUGGCAUAUGUUGUUAAUGCCAACGAGAACCCUUUCUAUUAGCAAUCUUCAUUUGUAGUUGGGAAAUUUAACAUCGAUUUCAGUGGCGGUUGGCUUCUGUAUAGUGGGACAUAAACUGUUGUCAGACCCUAGGGUUCAAUAUAAGAGCCAUUUUUAUAAUUGAAAUUCGAUACUACUUGCUACUAGUACGUUCGACAAUCGAAGGAAAGAAGGAAGCAAUUGUUUUUAUUUAACAACACACUCAACACAUUUUAUUUACGGUUAUAUG